ACCUUUUCCAACUUCAAUGCACCAGGGUGCUCGCGUGGGACUUUAUUUCAUAAAUAGGCCUGAGUGGCUGAUUGUAGACUAUGCCUGCUCAGCGUAUUCAUAUACUUCAGUCCCACUAUAUGACACUCUAGGUCCUGAUGCUGUUAAAUAUAUUGUCAAUCAUGCUGAUGUACAGGCCAUUUUUUGUGUGCCUGGUACCUUGAACACGUUGUUGACCUUUUUAUCAGAGAUUCCUUCUGUACGUUUGAUUGUGGUAGUGGGUGGGAUAGAUGAACAUCUCCCAUCUCUUCCAUCUACAACGGGAAUGAAGCUCUUAUCAUAUACAAGGCUGCUGAGUCAGGGCCGCAGCAGUAUGCAACCCUUUUGCCCUCCCAAGCCUGAAGAUAUUGCUACCAUAUGCUAUACAAGUGGUACUACGGGUACACCAAAGGGUGUCGUACUAUCCCAUGCGAACCUGAUAGCAAGUGUUGCGGGCAUGACCCUUUCCAUCAAGUUUUAUCCUUCUGACAUAUACAUAUCCUAUCUGCCUCUCGCGCAUAUCUAUGAACGUGCCAACCAAAUUACAUCGGUAUAUUAUGGUGUUGCUGUUGGCUUCUACCAGGGGGACAAUCUGAAAUUGAUGGAUGAUUUGGCGACACUUAGACCUACAAUAUUUAGCAGUGUUCCUCGUCUUUACAACAGGAUAUAUGCUGGGAUCACAAAUGCUGUACAAACUUCUGGCGUACUGAAGCAGAGACUUUUCAAUGCUGCCUACAACUCCAAGAAGCAAGCUGUCAUGAAUGGUAGAAAGCCAUCACCAAUGUGGGAUAGAUUGGUAUUCAACAAAAUAAAGGACAAACUGGGGGGGCGAGUUCGUCUUAUGACCUCAGGUGCUUCACCAUUGUCGCCUGACGUGAUGGAGUUCUUGAGAGUAUGUUUUGGCUGUCUAGUAAUGGAAGGGUAUGGCAUGACUGAAACUUCGUGUGUCAUAAGCUCAAUGGACGAUAGUGAUAUCUUAACUGGUCAUGUUGGUUCACCAAAUCCUGCAUGUGAGAUAAAGCUCGUGGAUGUUCCGGAAAUGAGUUACACAUCAGAAGAUCAGCCUCAUCCUCGUGGAGAGAUUUGUGUUAGAGGUCCUAUUAUUUUUGAAGGCUAUUACAAAGAUGAAGUGCAGACGAGGGAGGUAAUUGAUGAAGACGGGUGGCUGCAUACUGGUGAUAUUGGAUUAUGGUUACCUGGAGGCCGCUUGAAGAUUAUUGACAGGAAGAAGAAUAUCUUCAAGUUGGCACAAGGUGAAUACAUAGCUCCUGAGAAAAUUGAGAAUGCUUAUGCCAAAUGCAAAUUUGUUGCACAGUGUUUUGUCUAUGGUGAUAGCUUUAAUUCCUCUUUAGUAGCAGUAGUUUGUGUAGAGCCAGAUGUCUUUAAGGAAUGGGCAUCAUCUGAGGGAAUCAAGUAUGAAAGUUUGGGACAACUGUGUAAUGAUCCAAGAGCGAAGGCUGCAGUUCUUGCUGAGAUGGAUGCUGUUGGAAGGGAAGCUCAGUUGAGAGGUUUCGAAUUUGCAAAAGCUGUAACAUUGGUUAUCGAGCCUUUCACGAUCGAAAACGGUCUGCUCACUCCCACAUUCAAGGUCAAGAGACCGCAGGCAAAGGCUUAUUUCGCCAAAGCAAUAUCUGAUAUGUAUAAUGAGCUUUCUACAUCAGAUCCAGCAUCCCAGAAAUCACUAUGACCAAAGGUAGACGAGAAAGCUUCAGCUGUUCCCUACACUUUCCCUUACUCCAAAAUAAAUACCAAACAAAAUGAUUAUUGUAGAAUAGAAAGCUCAUAGAGGAUUUUUUUAAAACUCAGUUAUUAAUAGAUUUCUUGUUGUAAUAUGUACAAUGUUCAAAUAAUUUAUAUGCGACUGUUAUAUAUUAGAUAA